AUGGCCUUCUCGGUGGUGGAUGCGGCGCUGAGUGUGGCCAGAUCUGCGGCGGCGGAGGAGGUCGCCCUGCAGGUCGGCGUGGAGGGCGACCUGGGGAUCAUCAAGGAUGAGCUGGAGCUGAUGCAGACCUACCUGAUGUCCACCGACGAGGAGCGCAGCCAGGACCCGGUGGCGAGGGUGUGGGCGCGGCAGGUUCGCGACGUCGCCUACGACGUCGAGGACUGCAUCGAGGACGCCCGCAUCCAUCUGAGCGACGACUCGCGGUCGUGGUGGUGGUGCUCCCCCUCCAAGAUCCUGAAGCGGCGUCGCAUCGCGAAAGAGGUGACGAAGCUGAGGGACCGGGUGGACAGCGCGUGCAAGAGGAGGAGGCUCUACGGCCCGGCACCGGCUCUUCCUAGCGCGGCAGUUGCUGAUCCAGGUCCGGAAGGACGCCGGGAGCUCGAGGCAGCAGCACCCGCAGCUGGAGUUGACCUGAGGAAGCUGCUGGCCAGGCGAGACGACGACAAGUCGCUCAUAGUAGCAUCUAUCUGUACUUCGGGCACCACCACGACGACGACAGGCACGACGCUCGCAGGGGAGGCCUACGACGCGCUGGCCGCCACCGGCCAGUUCCGGUGCCGUGCCUGGGUGACGGUCCGGAACCCCUUCAAUCUCGGCGAGUUCUUCCGCAGCCUGCUCAGGCAAAUCCACGUGAACUCCUCUCCGGGAGAGGAACAGGUCGUGGAGGGAGCCACCGUUGUGGAUGUGCAGGAGACCAUAGAGACGAUGAGCACCCAGCAGCUGAUGAGCUCCGUUGCCAGGAACCUCGGUCACAGGAGGUACCUGCUCGUCCUCGACGGCGUAUCCACGAGGGACGAAUGGGACUCCAUCAGAUUGUACCUCCGGCCGGACGUCGAGAACGCCAAUCGGAUCAUUGUCACCUCCCAGAGAGACGACGUGGCCAAGUAUUGUGCCGGCGGGCAGAGAAGCAGCUCUUUCUGGCUGUCCAGUGGCGGUGCGCUUCUUUCUGCCUUCUGCAGCAUGGUAUGA